AUGAGUUGCCAUAAGGUUUAUCCAUUGGUUACAGCUAAGGCAAGCGCUAUAAGAGACCACACUCUUCGAGACUUAAGGUCUCAACUUCAACAAGCACAAACCCAAAUGAAAGCUGUGUAUGAUCGCGACCGAAUGGAGCAAGAAUUCAAAAGUCGUAACUGGCGAAUUGGGGUAGUAGUUUAUGAUCUGGACCUGCCGCUGGGGACUAAGGAUCAUCCAGUAUUUCACGUCUCCCUCCUCAAGAAGCAGCUAGGUGCUCGGGAUCAGACUGCCUCUAGCCUACGAGACAUGUCCGAUGAUUCUAGUUUUUUACAGCACAACCCACAAUCAUUCUGA